AUGGAAUGCCGUCGGACCGUCGUUACCGGCGGAGUGUUGCGAUCGCCUCCGUCCGUGUCAGCUGCACCGCUGUACGAAAGCUGCGAACCCGAACGCUGUCGGCAGCCUGCAAUUGCGCGGGACCGGAAAAAGCGGAGCGACUACACCGAUACCGACAGCGACGACUCUGACGCUAGUAGUGGUACCGACCACAAUAACGCGGCGGCGAAGGCGACCGCCGAAGCGGCCGUUCGAACCAUCCACGACUUGCUGACCGUCAACCGGCGAUUGCUGGCACUACUGGCGGCCACAGUGUCAGCCAAAGCGGUGUCCGUGUCCACCGACGACAAACGACGCUGGCAGCGACUGCGAAAUCACAUCGAAGAAUGCGCCGUAGACGGCCAGGGAGAGAAGACAAACGAAGACGAAAACGACGAAUUUCAUGACGCAUCUGCGACGGACUCCGAGACGUCGUGUACAGCGAGGGUACUGUCCGCGGAGCGUUCGGUGACAAGACAGAACGUUCUGCGUUCGCCACCACCGCCAUCACAGCCAACACCACCCACACAACUCGAGACCGCGGGAGUGCAGGACGAUGAGGGUGCUGGUUCUGAGGUGUCCCGUCUGCGGGGGCGGUGCAGACGGCUGGAGCGGUCACUGCAACAGCUGGUCAACACGGAACUAUGGGCUCGGAACCGGCAGAUCGGAAAGCUCGAGCAGCAACGGUACGUAACGCAGGUGGCCGCACAGAGAGACAGGAGACCGGCCGAGCAGGCGGUGACAGCAGUUGCAGUUCCGCCACAGCAACAAAAUCUGCAGCAGUUUCCUUCGACAGCCGCGGCGUCGACUGCUUCGCCGCCAGCGACCAAAGGAAUCUUGGUAAUUCGGUCAGCCGCGGAGUCAGUCUGCUCCACAAAAUUACCAGCAGCUGCCUGUACAAAAUCGCAGACUGCAGCAGCGUCAUCGCCACCGAACGUAGCCACCAUCACGACGCCGCCGCCAGUGUUGCCGGACUACUCGGAAGUUAACUUUUUUUUUAGCUGCGACGAAGAAGAUGACGACGACGACAAUGAUGACCAUGACCGCCGAGAAAACUCCACCGAGACCAAAUCAUCGUCAGAAGAGGAGACUGUAGAUUCGAACGACUGCAAGGGUGACGAAGAGCCUGUGCGGUUAGCUGCGGUCGGCGCUCCGUUGGCGUCGUUGACGAGUACGCGGAAACGUCACUGUCGACCACAUCAUCGGUUAAUGCAACAGCCGAUCAAGAGCGUCGGCGAUUCGGCGACCGUUACUACGACAACGUCCUCGUCAACGGAGUCUGCGGCCGCUGAGGAGGAGGCGGACGAAUUGAACGGCGACGGCGUUAAUAUGACGACGGCCACCGCUACGUCACCCUGCACCACUCGACGUCAUAGGACCGUAAGUGGUGGCGGCGGUUUGCAUAGAAGGCGGCGGUGCAGGCCACCGCGUCGGUGUUCGACUUGCGGCCGUUGCAGUGGCGGCGUGGACGCGGCCGCGGCGACGGCAGAUCGUCCAAUGCCGUCCGUGGCUGACGCGCAAGUGCAGUGUGGUGACGGAACCGUGACAAUUGACCAUGGCUGCAAUAGUGAUCGUGGCGACGGCGAACUUCAGCUGCAACAGUUGCGACGUGAACUGGACGUCCGGCGGCGUGAAAACGGUCGACUGUACGACAUGUUACUGAGACUACAACGCGGGACGCGACCGGGCGACCGGGGAAAAGGUGACGGUGGCCCUAUGAUUCCGUCUCCCGACUUCUCGGACUCGGAUCCAUGUGGUUCGCCCGAACCGUACCGGCGGGCCGCUGGAGUGGUCCGCGGCCGCAUCGCUGACCUAUUGCCUCCGCUCCUGUCCAUGCGGUCAAUUUCAGACGAUGAUGACGACGACGACAACGAUGGUGGCGACAGAAGCCAUCAGCGGUACCGGCCGGACGGUGCGGAACAACAACAGCAACAGCAACAACAACAGCUGCAACUACUCACCCGCCUCAGAGAACGCAUAGUGGCGUACGAACGGCGUGAACUUAAUGGUGGUGACGACCGCGCAGCUGCUGUCGUGCAGCAGUCGGCGGACCCGUCGGAUGACGCCGUCCGCCGCAUGAACCGCACCGAUCUGGUAAACGUGGCGCUCCCGCGGGUCGUAGAACGACUCCGCCGGGCGCUCGUGCCGCUGUUGCAGCAUCGGUCGGAAAAUGCUGUCGCUGCAGCGUCGGUCCGUGGUGGAUCGGUAAACGGGGGCGCGGCCGGUGGUGAUUUCGUCAUCGAUGGCGCACGAUCACUGCCGCCGAGUGGAGGACGAUGA